AUGGUCCAAACACUCGAGCUCUGGGGUCAUUGGGGUGCUCCAAACCCUUGGAAAGUAGCCCUGGUCUUGGAAGAAUUGUCUCUUCCCUAUGAUAUUCACUAUAUAGAAUUGAAUGAAACCAAAACUCCAUCCUACUUGGAGAUUACCCCUAAUGGUCGUCUGCCGACGCUCAAGGAUCCUAAUACGGGAGUCACACUUUGGGAGUCCGGUGCUAUUAUUCUCUUUUUGAUAGACCAAUACGACAAGGAGGGCAAGAUCACCUACAAGGAUUCUCCUGAAAAGUAUCUCUGCCAACAGUGGCUCGCUUUUCAGAUUUCAGGCCAAGGCCCAUACUUCGGUCAAGCAACAUGGUUUGCCCGCUUCCAUCCCGAAAAAAUUCAAUCCGCAAUCGACCGCUACGUCAACGAGAUCAUCCGAGUAAUCGGCGUCAUUGACCUCGGUCUCCGCCGAAAUACUGCCCCCGGUAAUUGGCUUGUAGGCGACAAGUGUACUUAUGCAGACCUUUCCUUUGCCACUUGGGCUUCGGUGGGAUAUGGCUUGUUGAAGGAAGUGGGAAAGAAUGAGGGGCUUGAGAAGGAUUACCCCAAGUAUUUUGAGUGGAUUGCGAAGAUGGAGGAGCAGGAGAGUGUGAAGAAAAUUCGAGAUUUGAUGAACCAGGGAAGAAUUGCGCACGGACUGAAAGUGUAA